AUGUCUAAAGCUUAUAUUGAACCGAUCCCGACCGAUCCCAACAGUUUCAACUGGAAAUAUCUAAUCGUCAGUUCUGGUCAUGAGUAUCGCUACAUUGACCAGAAUGAACAUGCCAAAGACGUGGUACUUUGCCUUCAUGGUUUUCCAGAUUUAGCUUUCGGUUGGCGAUAUCAAAUCGUGGAAUUGGUGCGCCGAGGGUAUCGAGUCAUUGCACCAGAUCUUCUUGGGUAUGGUGGCACUUCUAAGCCAACAGAAAUCGAACCAUACACAUUCUUCUGCAUGUCUACCUCUGUUCGAGAAAUCUUGGACCACUUGAAGGUAAACAAGGUAGUACUUGUUGGUCAUGAUUGGGGAGCCCCAUUAAGUGGUCGGUUCCUACUUUACUUCCCAGAACGCAUUCGGGCUUGGGUGACAAUUUGUGCUCCACCGAAUCCUGGUCCAAAGCCGGGUGCAGGGUUGGUAGAUUUACCAACUGCGAUAAGGAAGAAUAUACCACACUUUGGUUAUCAGCUUUAUUUCAUGAGUGAAGCAUCAGGAAAAGAGCUAACACGUUGGGCUAAGACCUUUCUGCUUGUUGUAUAUUGCCAUAUGGCUCGUCGACUGAGCAGUCCAGAGGCUCGGAAAGUAGCUGCAUCAGCCGCGGGUCGUAAACCCUCAUACGUGCUCGAGGGAGUUUUUCGUGGGCGAUUGAUGGAAUCUAAAGACUUACUCGAAUAUGCAAAGGUUGAUGAUCCGGAAACUGAAUACUACAUAAGUGAGUUCCGUCGUGGUGGAUUGAUGGGUCCAGUAAAUUGGUACAAGACUCGUGUCCUUAAUCAUUCAGAUGAUUUGGCUUACAAUGUACCAGACACUUUCCCCAAAAAUAUCCCUAGUUUAUAUAUCCAAGCCACAGAAGAUGAAGCCUUACCUCCAAGACUUGUAUCAGAAUCACAACUAGAUGAACGUUUUCCCGGAAGAAAUCUGAAAGUCAUCCAAAUCAAAGGUGCUAAUCAUUGGCUUCUACAGGAUCCGCAAUAUCGAGAUAAGUUCACUGCUGAACUUUGUAAUUGGAUUGAUAAACAAGUAAAGGUUUUCAAGCCUAAGUUGUAA